AUGGGGAUCACGCCGUCGUGCAUACCGCUGGCUCCGGUGGCGGGUGGCGGGUCGUCGUCGUCGUCGACGGCGUGCAAGAUUAUCCAUGUCGAUGGGACAGUGACGCGGCUCGCGCGGCCGGUCAGGGCGUCGGAGCUCAUGGUCGACUACCCGGGGCAGUUCGUUUGCGACUCUGGCCGCCUCGCCGUCGGCUGCCGGGUACCCGGUGUCGCGGCGGACGAGCUCCUCGAGCCGCGGCGGGCGUAUUUCCUCCUGCCCAUGGACAUGCUCUACUCCGUGCUCACCGAUGAGGAGAUGGUCGCGCUCUCCAGCUUCCACGCCGCCACCGCGGCCACCUCGUCGUGGAAGAGGAUCGCCACCGGUCGGAGUCGCGACGGGAGCCAUGGCCGGAGCAGCGAGCCGACGGACGACGACGAGAUGAUGAGCGAUGAUGGCGGCAAGUUCUUUCCGGUGCUCAGCCUGCAGCUCCAGGCGCCGGACGCCGCCGCCGCUGGAGGAGUCAAGCCGAGCGGCGGCGCCGCCGGCAUGAGGCGGAACCGAUCAUGGCAUCCACGGCUGGAGGCCAUCGACGAGGUGCCGUGAGCCGGCGGUUGAUCGGUCGCCGGAGACGUAAGCAGCUUGCUUUUGCUAGUGUUAGGCAGCUAGCUUGAGCUGGCUCUCGAGUGUACAUUAGCUAGCUCUAGCUAUUUUUCCCUAUUUCCUUUUUCCUUUUCUCUUCUUCUUUUUCUUUUUUCUUCCUCUGUAAAGCUCACAUUUUUUUUUUGCUCUAUAGUUUUGAGAUUUUGCGACAAGAAAUUAUAUCCAUUAUGUAUAUUCCCAUCAGAU